ACAAAGCUGAAUGUUUUGAAAAUCGGGAGCGAUUUUUUGUGCAAUUUUCUCGGUGCUCGGCGCUGAUUUUCAUACUUGUCCGUGAUAUUCAAGAAAAAACAGUUGUCCUGAAGUAACCUCGACUUAGUUUUAUCAGCGUAAUGUCUGAUUCCGACACCUCCGACUCAGACAGUGGAGUACGGUACAAAACGACGACCACACGCCAUAAUCAUGCGCCGUCCAGUGAAAAACCGGAGCGAUCAUUGUACCGUGACAACGGCUCAUCACGUAACCGAUCCGAUCGGCGAUAUCAUCACAGAAGCCGUAGUCCAACACCGGAGCGCAGACGGUACCGCCGCAGGUCCAGGACCCCCGAAUCUUCUUCUCGUUCUCAUCGUACCAGUCGCUCGGCACGAUCAUCACGCAAUACUUCACCUGAACCUAGCCGGCGAUUGAAAGACGACGUUAAAGCGUUGGACGUAUCGGCGUCUUCCGUUUCAUCUCAAGAUGAUCACGCACCGCAACGGAACAAAGCAGCAGACUCUCCGACGGAAUGUUUCGGACCUGCGCUUCCACCUGCGCUGGCACAGCCCUCGAAGAGUGAAAAGAAGGAGACUGAGGAGUACGCAAAAAGUGUUAUAGGACCUGCACUGCCACCACAUUUACUGGCCCGCAAAACGGAGCACCACGAUGAAGAUCGUGAAGAGAAAAUCGAGCGAUGUGCGAUCGGGCCUGCGUUACCACCGGGAAUGAAGCUUCCGGAAGCAGCGCCUUCCCAUGAUCAUGCAACUUCCGAUUCGGAACUUUCGCCCUUCUCCGAACCGGAACAGGACGAUGAGCCAGAAGAUGAUGAUGAUGAUGAUGAGAUGAUUGGUCCAUUGCCGGGUACAUCUGGCUCUAGAGCCAACGUGGAACUGGAACAGCGUGCGCUCGAGAUGAAAAUAAGACAAAUCGAGAGUGCGGCGAUCGGUGCCAAUGGUGAUCGAGAACAACCGAAGGCACGCGAGGAUUGGAUGCUGGAGCUGCCAGAUAUUCGCAAGAUCAGUGACAUGGGAUUGGGCGCAAGGCAGUUCCGAACGCGUGAGAAACAAGAAAUCGGGGACCGGACGGUCUGGACCGAUACACCCGCCGAUCGGGAACGUAAAAAGGCUUCUGGGGGCGGUGGUGGAUCAUCGAAAACGGUCGACCCUGCCGUCGAACGAGAACGCGAACGUGAACGGAAGCUCAUUGCAAAGCGUGAUAAAGAGCAGGAGGAGCUCGUGAAACGCCAUAAGAAAAAACACAAAAGGGACAAGGCGCUGCUAGACAUACAUCAAAAAAAGCUUAAAAAAGAGAAGGAAUCGAAAGGGGGUGAGGAAUCGAUCCGGCGACCGUUCGAUCGAAAUGUGGACCUGCAGGCUAAUCGCUUUGAUGAGGCGCAGAAGAAAGCGGUUCUCAAGAAAGCUCAACUCUUGGACACACGGUUUUCCAGCGGGAGUUCCAAAUAUUUGUAGACACACGCUCGACGAUGCAAAAUCACGUUCUAUUGCCGACAAAACUGCGCUGUUCAUUGAUGCGUAGUUUUGCAGGAAUGUAGAUGCUUUCAUUACUUUUAAUGAGCUCUCACCUUUUUAUAACAAUAAAGACCAAUU